AUGGAUACUGACAAACGCAGCAGCCAGGAACUGUGUCUUCAGGAAGGUUAUACAUGGGUGCCUCCUGGGCUGAACAGUGAACAGAUCUACGACUACAUGAGCUGUUUACCUGGUCAUAAAGUCCCUCGCUUAGCUACGCCAGGCGAAAAGGCGCGAGAAAGACAGCUAAUGCUCCAGCUACCGAAGCAAGAUCUGGCGUUAGCUUACACCAGACAUGUCGAAACACAGUAUCACACAUCGUUCAAGGAUUUCGUAGCUGCCAGGAACGAUAUAGCUUUGGAUAUCGGGAUUAUUAAGCCUCACAUUCCAUAUAAUAUUGAGUGUCGAGGGUGUGAGGGCUACCAUUACCAAAGGCUCGGUGGCAGUAGUGGCACCCAAACUAGGGAGAAGUCUCGUGGCACCCAAGCUGUUUCACCUGUGCCACCUGUAAUGAGCUGUUAGUGGAUCUGGUCUACUGCGUGUGGGGAGGAGACGGUUCACUGCGGCCGACAUUACUAGAA